CAGAAUUUCACAAUCUAUUUGCUUAUUGGUGGAUAUAAUAGCAUUGAUUGUCAUCCUCAUUGGUGGCGGGCGUCUCUAUGUCUUGUCCCCUUUUCAUCAUUUCUCCAUGGAUUAUCUGCAAAGAAAAGCCACACACGGUUUGCCUUGUAAUUUUCUAACAUCUAAACACAAAGCCUUUGGUUCUGAUCUUGAGAGGAUGAAGCUCAAGACUUCAUGUUUACAUAUCUUCUGUUCUUUCCUCAUAAGCUUGGAUGCUGUUUCUGCACAAAUCUGCUUGAAUGGUUACUUUAGACCCAAUAGUGCGUACCAUUCAAACCGUCGUCAGAUACUGUCUUCUAUUGCUUCUAAUGUCACGUCUCACAACGGUUUCUUCAACUCCUCCAUCGGUCAAAUUCCCAACAGGAUCUUCAUCACUGGCAUGUGCAUCCCUGAGACUAAACCAGAGUCUUGUUCAGAUUGCAUUGAAGACGCAUCAGAGAGAUUGUUAGAGGGCUGUCCUAAUCAAACGGAAGCUUAUUCAUGGCCAGAUCUUUGUAUGGUGCGUUAUUCAAACGUUUCUUAUACUGGAUCACUCGUUAUGGAACCGUCUCAUGUGAUUUGCGAUCCCGGAGAUAUCAAUGUUGAUUUGACAGUGGUUGAUAGAGUCUAUGAUGAGUUAAUGGUUCGUACAACAGCUGCAGCUUCAAAUAGAUCAUCAUCAUUUGAACAAAAGUACUAUGCAGCUGAGGCUGCUUCUUUGAAAAAUUUCGAAACUAUGUACACGAUGAUGCAGUGUGCACCUGAUGUUUCCUCACAGGAUUGUGAGUUUUGUCUCAACAAAAGUGUGGCUGAGUAUAAGUCAUCUUGUCGCGGUAAACAAGGUGGUUGGGUUAGCCGACCAAGUUGCUAUUUCCGUUGGGAGAUGUAUUCUUUUUCUGAAGCUUUUGAUACUAUCACAUUGCCACCACCUUCUCUGACUCCUCCUGCUAGCGAUGGUGCAACUACAACCGGGAAAGAUGGAAAAACAAAUUUGACAGGGACUAUUGUGGGAGUUGUUGUCCCUACCAUCGUUAUCUUCUUGGCAGUGCUUAUUAUAAGAUUCACGGUUUGCAGGAGAAAAAAAUCAGAACCUGGUGAUGAUAUCACCCGAACAAGCUCAUUGCAGUUCUGUUUUAAGACAAUCGAAACUGCAACUGAUAAGUUUUCGGACAGUAACCUGAUAGGACGAGGUGGAUUUGGUGAAGUUUACAGGGGAAGGCUUCCAAGUGGAACUGAAGUAGCCGUGAAGAGGCUGUCGAAAUCAUCAGGGCAGGGCGCGCAAGAGUUCAAGAAUGAGGCUGUUCUUGUGACAAAGCUUCAGCACAAGAAUCUGGUUGGAGUUCUUGGGUUUUGUUUGGAAGGAGAAGAAAAAAUACUCGUCUAUGAGUUUGUACCCAACAAAAGCCUUGACUAUUUUCUCUUUGAUCCUGAAAAGCAAGGCAAACUUGAUUGGACAAGACGGUACAACAUUAUUCAAGGGACUGCUCGAGGACUUCUAUAUCUUCAUCAUGAUUCAAGUCUUACAAUCAUACAUCGUGAUCUCAAAGCGAGUAACAUUCUAUUAGAUGCCCACAUGAACCCGAAAAUCGCAGAUUUUGGCAUGGCGAGGAUAUUUGGAGUUGAUCAAUCUCAAGCCAACACAAAAAGAAUCGUUGGAACAUAUGGUUAUAUGUCUCCAGAAUAUGCAAGGUGUGGCCAUUUCUCCAUGAAAUCUGAUGUGUACAGCUUUGGAGUUAUGAUUUUGGAGAUUAUAAGUGGCAAAAGGAAUAGCAGCUUCUACCACAUUGAUGAUUCUGCUGGCAACUUGGUCACACAUGUUUGGAGGCUUUGGAGAAACGGGUCACAAUUAGAACUCGUGGAUCCGACAUUGGAAGAGAAUUAUGAGAGUGACGAUGUUAUUAGAUGCAUUCAUAUUGCACUUUUAUGCGUUCAAGAAAACCCUGUAGAUCGUCCAAUGUUGCCAGCAAUCAUCUUGAUGCUCACUAGAAGCAAAACCACUUUACCUGUGCCUCGAGCGCCCGGAUUUUGCUUCUCAAGCAUGAGUGGUUUUGCCUCACAAUCCACGAGCAGGUCUAUUCCAGGUUCUAUCAAUGAUGUGACGUUUACAAAACUAGAUCCUCGUUGAAGAAUGGUGUUUACUAUAAGCUGACACUCUAAUAAAUCUAUGGAAGUAUCAAUAUGGUCUCGUGUUUAUUGUCAUUGGCUCUACUUUAUAAGACAUUUGAACAAAUAUACAGACAUAUAAAUCACAUUCUUGUACUACA